GUUAUUUUAUUAUGAUACUGUAUUGAGAUUAUAAUGAUUAUUAGCAGUGCUGUUUUAAUAUGCGCUGCAGGCGAACAUUCCUGAUCAGUGGGCAGGUUGUCCUCGGCGGUCACGUGAUCCUCCUGAGCGUCCUUUGCGGAUUCUGCGUGGCGCGUCCACUUCCACAUUGUGGACCAGCACGACUGCUGACGUGCUCAGCCGCAGUCUCUCUUGCGUGUAGUUUUCUGUGGGUGCGCUGCUCUCCGAAAUCACAGGUUAUGCCACCCCAAAGGCUUCCCGGAUCCCCAGCAGUGAAAGAGAAGGGCUGAUAAUUAUUGUCCCCCAGGUCCCUGCUGCUUUGCAUCCCAUCUCCUCCUAUCCCCCCCUCUAACUUUGCCCCCACCUCCCAAAUGCACUGACCGCAGUCACUCCUAACCCUGCCACCCCAGCCCUAAAGUCCAUAUCCUCCACUUUGGGAUUCAUCCAGUCACCCCUACUCUCAUUAUCCUUUCACCAGUCCACAUAACCAUAUCCCCUCCAAAGCUGGUCUUUUAUUUUAUUCUCCCCACGGACAGCUACUCCAGCAAUCUUGGUUUCUGUCUCCUUAUCUUUUCUCUGCUCCCUCUGGCUGCCCCUCAGGCCUCAUGGCUACAGGAGGUCAUGCUCCUGAGAUAGACGUUUUGGUAAAUCUACAACAGGUGAAGGUGGAGGAGGACGAUGGUGAGGAAUUUGUGGAGGAACAGGAGGAAGGGGAUGAGGAGGAGGAAGAAAAGUGGGAGAAAGCAUUGUCUGUGGAACGCUUUGCAGAUAUCAUCAGUGACUCUGCUUCAACCAGUGGGGACAGGAUGGGUCGGCACUACACUGAGAAAGACUUUGAGUAUCACAGACACACAUUUCACCAUACACACCACCCUUUGUCCACCCACCUGCCUCUGCCCCAGCGUUUACGCAAAAGGGUGCACAGCAUGGACAGAAGGUGCAAAAAGAAACGGAAGAAAAAAAAGACCUCUCUGCCUCCCUCUGAGGUCACGCCCACCAUUCAUGAGGUAGAUGAGGAAGAGGUGGAGUCUGAAACAGAUGGCCAAAGUGUGCAAACGACUCCAUCUGAGCUGCCUGAUAUAGAACCACAGUUUAGUUUGGGAAGCAAAGAGGACUUGGAGGAAGCAUUUCCUCUCACCAGUUUCCAUGUGGAAACCGAAGAAUAUCCAGUGUUUGGGAAUGGUACACCCUUUCUGAUAAAAGCGGACCUCUGUGAUGGAGGCGAUGUCGUUCUGGAACAGAAGGAGGAACUGGAAGGACAAGAAGAGGAUUGUAGCAGUAUUUCCUUGAGAAUAGAUAACUCGGGUGCGAGCACGUCCAAUGGCUGGUUCCACAGGAAGCCCAUCCACCAUCGCCUGGGGGGGAACCAGCGGAGUAACUAUGAUCUGCGGGAGAGGAUCUGCAUCGGCAGCAUGACUGCUUUGGAGAGCACCGUCUACCAACAGGUGCCCACCGACGACGCUGAAGCACAGAUGUUAGCAAGCGCUGACCUGGAUGACAUGAAAAGUCACAGAUUUGAGGACAAUCCUGGGGUGAGACGUCACCUGGUGAAGAAGUCAACCCGAUCUAUUUUGAGCCGAGCUAGCAACCCUUCCACCCCAUUUACCAGCCUGAAGAAGAAGAGGAAGACGAAGCGAGCAGCAGAUAAAACUCAUGAGUUGUUUGUGGAGCUGAAUGAACUGAUUGUCGAGAAGGAUCAUGAAAUGCGUUGGAAAGAGCGGGCUCGCUGGAUCAAGUUUGAGGAAGAUGUGGAGGAGGAGACAGAUCGAUGGGGAAAACCUCAUGUGGCUUCACUAUCUUUCCGUAGUUUGUUGGAGCUUCGCCGGACUAUCACACACGGUGCCAUCCUUCUGGACCUUGAGCAGAAUUCUCUGCCUGGUAUUGCCCAUCUGGUAGUGGAGACCUUGAUUAUAUCUGACCAGAUCAGAGCUGAGGACAGACCCAAUGUUCUUCGAGCUCUGCUUCUCAAGCAUAGCCACCCAAAUGAUUUGAAACAUCGUUUUCACCGCCACCACUCCUGCACUAGUCUUCAUAGCGGCUACAAUCACAGUCAUGUCCAAGAAACUAAUCCACCAUUUGUUACUGAGGAGCAUGAUGAGCGCCAUGACAACAAAGGACCCAUAUAUGAUCCCAAACAAGAUGUGUUUGCGAGCCUGUUUAAAUCUCUCCACCCGCUGCCUCCUGAGAGCCAUCCAGCUGCAGCCAGAUCCAUGAAACUCCUUGCCAAGAUUCCCAAAGAUGCUGAAGCCGUCAUUGUUUUAGUUGGUUGUGCUGAGUUCCUGGAGCAGCCGGCCAUGGCUUUUGUCAGGCUGAAUGAGGCUGUGAUUCUUGAGUCGGUGCUGGAGGUCCCUGUACCUGUUCGCUUUAUUUUCCUGCUGCUUGGCCCAAGUCAGUCUAACAUGGACUAUCACCAGAUUGGACGCUCCUUCUCCACUCUUAUGUCUGACAAGAGCUUCCACGAGGUGGCAUAUUUUGCAGAUGACAGACAAGACCUUCUCAACGGUAUCAAUGAAUUCUUGGACUGCAGCAUCGUCAUCCCACAAUCAGAUGUGGAGGGCAAAGACCUACUGAAGACUGUCGCUGCCUUCCAAAAGCAAAUACUCCAUAAAAGGAAAGAAAGAGAAGCCAAGAGACAGCACUCCUCGCCUGGAAGUGAACUAGACAAUAAAGAGGUCCAUGUGGAGGAGGAGCAGGAGGAGGAAGACCAGGAGGUAGAUCCCUUAAAACGAUCUGGGAUCCCUUUUGGAGGCCUGAUCCACGACAUCCACCGCCGCUACCCCCAUUACAUCAGCGACAUAAAAGACGCGCUGGACAUGCAAUGUCUUGCUGCUGUCAUCUUCAUCUAUUUUGCCGCCCUAUCACCAACUAUAACCUUUGGAGGCCUGCUGGGAGAGAAAACAGAAGGCCUGAUGGGCGUGACCGAGCUCAUUGUUUCAACUGCAUCUCUCGGAAUUAUAUUCUCCCUGCUGGCUGGGCAGCCUCUACUCAUCAUUGGUUUCUCAGGACCCUUAUUGGUGUUUGAAGAAGCCUUCUACAAGUUUUGUCAAGCUCAGAAUUUUGAGUACCUCACGGGUCGAGUGUGGAUUGGAUUCUGGCUCAUCUUCAUUGUCUUAGUGAUUGUGGCAGCAGAGGGCAGCUUCCUUGUUAGCUAUAUAUCACCUUUUACACAAGAGAUUUUUGCCUUCCUCAUCUCCCUUAUCUUCAUCUAUGAGACUUUUUCUAAGCUUUUCAAGGUGUUUCAGGAACAUCCACUAAUGGCCAUUUACCCCAGUGAUCACCUGCCAAAUGAAGAUCAAGAUCCCAUCUUCAACCAGCCCAAUACUGCUCUUCUCUCUCUGGUCCUCAUGAUGGGCACUUUCUUUCUUGCCUUCUUCCUCCGGAAGUUUCGAAAUAGCAGAUUUUUGGGCGGAAAGGCCAGAAGAAUUAUUGGUGACUUUGGCAUUCCCAUCUCAAUUUUGCUGUCUGUAUUGAUGGAUUACUCCAUUACUGACACUUAUACACAGAAACUUAAUGUGCCGUCAGGCUUUUCUGUCACGUCCCCUGACAAGAGAGGCUGGUUCAUCAGUCCCUUCGGUGACAAGCAGCCUUUUCCCACUUGGAUGAUGGGAGCAUCGAUUGUGCCCGCCCUUCUGGUCUUCAUCCUGAUCUUCAUGGAAACUCAGAUUACAUCGCUGAUCGUCAGUAAGAAGGAGCGCCGCCUGAUCAAAGGGUCAGGCUUCCACCUGGACCUGCUGCUCAUUGUCAUUCUGGGUGCCAUCUGUCCGCUGUUUGGCCUACCGUGGCUCACCGCUGCCACUGUGCGCUCGGUCACCCAUGUCAACGCCCUCACAGUCAUGAGCAAGGCCACAGCACCCGGGGAAAAGCCCAUGAUCCAGGAGGUGAAAGAGCAAAGGCUGACCGGGCUUCUCGUAUCUGUGCUCGUUGGUAUGUCUAUGGUGAUGACGGACGUGCUCCGCCUCAUCCCUCUGGCUGUGCUCUUUGGUAUUUUUUUGUACAUGGGCAUCACCUCUCUGACUGGCAUCCAGCUUUAUGAACGCAUCACACUCAUGGUCACACCGGCAAAGCAUCACCCUGACCACAUCUACGUCACCAAGGUGAAGACAUGGCGUAUGAACUUGUUCACUAUCAUCCAGCUGGCGUGCAUCGUGGCCCUGUGGGUGGUUAAGUCCACUGUGGCCUCCUUGGCUUUCCCCUUCAUCCUCAUCAUGACGGUGCCCCUGCGCCGCCUCGUCCUCUCCAGGAUUUUUGAGGAACGUGAGCUGCAGGCGCUGGAUUAUGACGACGAUUCGCCUAACUUUGAUGAAGAUGGUCGAGACGAGUACAACGAGAUCCACAUGCUUGUUUAAUGAACUGGACCCAGCCCGUCAGGCUGUGUCCUUCCUCCAGCACGAACCAAUCAGAGCAAGCCUCGUUGGCAAUGUGUCAGCAGUGAAGACAAAGUGAG